AUGAAAAUAAAUGAUUGGUUUAAUCAAUUUCAAUCAAUUGAAAUUCCCAAAAUUGAAAAUAAAUGGAGUAAAAAGAAAAUAGAAAAAAAACAAAUCGAAGAAUUUAUAUUUAAAGUCGAAAGUAGUUUAACAAUAGUAGAAAAACUUUUAAAACAAAAUUGUAGUGUUAAUAGUUCAAAUUUAUCAAAAGGAUGGCCAACACUUUUUAAUUUAAGAUUAGAAGAAACUUUAGAAAUUUUAAAACCAUCAAUAAUAAAAAAUUUUAAAAAUAUUUUAAAUUAUUAUUUAAAAUUAAUUUUAAAAAAAUUUGAAAUAAAUCCUUUUAUAGAUUAUAAUAGUAAUAUUAAUAAUAAUAAUAUCAAUAGUAAUAUUAGUAGCAAUAGUAAUAAUUUUAAUAAUAAUAAUAAUAUAAAUAAUAAUAUAAAUAAUAAUAUAAAUAAUAAUAAUUUAAAUCAAAUCAAUAAUAUUAAUGAAGAAAAAAAACAACUUUUUAAAGAAUUAUCAAAAAGUUUAUUAUUUUAUUUACAAUCACAUCAAUUAGAUCCAGACAAUUCAUUACUUGGUUUUAAAGCAAAUGAAAAUUUAGUUAAUUUAUUUAUUCAAAAUAAUAAAUUUAAGAAUUUAAAGACAAUUCCAUCAAAUCUAAGUUUUAAUCAAUCUUUAUCAAACAGUUCAAAUACAAUAGGUGCAAGUUUAAAUACAAGUGGGUUUUAUAAUAGCGGGGCAGAAAAUGAAAAUUUAUUCAACAAUGAAAAUGAAUUAACAAUUGAAAAUUUAUUAGAAAUUAUAGAAAAUUGGUCAAAGUUAAAAGAUAAAGAAGUUUCGAAAGAAGUUAAAGAUUUUUUAAAAUUUAAAGACCAAUUUAAUAUAUUCGAAGGUGAUUUAUUAAUAAUUAAAGUUGAUAAUAAUGAUAAUUUUUAUGAUGACAAUUUAUUUUUACAACAACAACAAUCAUUAAAUUAUUGUAAAUCAAAUUAUAUUUUUUCAAGAUUUUCUGGGCAUAUUAAAGAUCAAAAUGAUAUUUCAAUUAAAUUAAAUCAACAAAAACAAAUAAGUAAUAAUUUAAAUAAUAAUAAUUUAAAUAAUAAUAAUUUAAAUAAUACAAGUAAUAAUAAUUUUAAUAAUAAUAAUAACAAUAAUAAUGAAAUUAAUAAUAAUAAUAUAAAAUAUUUAUCAUGUUUUAUAAAUUCAAAAGAAACAAAUUGGUUAUGGAUUAAAAAAGAAAAUAUUUUUAAAAUUUCAAAUAAUUUUUUCAAGAAUAAUUUUUUUAAAUCAAAUAUUUUAAAUUUAAUACAAUGCCCAACUAAUAAACUAAAUAAAAUAAUAAAUAUUAAAGAAAAAGAAUUAUUAUUUCAAUAUUUAAUUACAAAUAAUCAAAUUGAAAAUCAAUUAUUAUUAGAAUUAGAUAAUCAAGCUUAUACAAAUUUUCAAUAUAAAGAUUUAAACAACUUAAGAAAACUCGGCCUAUUAUUUGUUCAAUUGUUAAAUAAUCAACUAUCCAGUGAUCUAGUUCAAUCAGUUCAACAAAUGGUCUCUUCUGAAACAGGAAAAUUUCAAAGUACUUUAGAUUCAACUCAAUUAUAUUUACCAAUUCGUAAAGAAACAUUAGAACAAUUUAAUCAAAAAUAUCAAAAUAUAAAAUUUCAACAAUUUAAAAAAACUAUUCAAUUUUAUAAAGAGAAAUGUGAAUUUAUAAUUUCAAAAUUAAUUCAAAAUAAAUUGGAAAUACUGGAUGGCACUAAAAAAGUUCAAAUUGUAAAUUGGUGGUUAACUUUAAUCAAAGAUCAAGUAGAUUUAUAUUUGUCCAAUCGUGGCUAUGAUAAGAAUGCUGUGCCUGCUGACUAUACCUUAACUCCACCUCAAAGUAUGUCAAAGGUUGCAAAUAAUCUUGUUGUGCUCCAUAAUAUUAUCCCUAGUGCUGGUAAACUUAUUGAUCAAGACCUUUUAAUGUUAAUCAAAAAUUUAAAAGAUAAAAUUUAUCCAGUUAUCAAAGAUUUCAUUACAAAUAUCAACUUUAUAUUAAUAGAAUGGUUAGAUAUAGAAUUGAAUCAAGAUUUAUUAAAUUAUUUAAACAAAUACAAUAGUUAUCAAGAAAACAAUUUAGAAAUUAAUAAUAAUGAAUUUAAAUAUCAAGAAUUUUUAAUAGAACAAUUUUUUAAAGGUUCAGAAAAAUCAAAAAAUUAUUUAUCAAAUGAUAAUAUUUUCAAAAUUAAAAGAAUGAUCAAGGAUAUAGAAUAUUUAACUCAAAUGAUUAAAGUCGAAAAUUCAAUACCAAGUGAAAGUUAUUUCUUUAGUGAUGAACAUAAAUUUAAUUCAGAAAUCAUUCCAAUUAGUGGUUUAAUUUAUGGCAGAUUCUUUAGAAUUGAAAAUGAAUUACGUACAGUUUUAGAAUGUUGGAAAGAUUAUAAUAAUAGUUUAAAUUUUAAACAAUUUAAAAUUAAUAACAAUUUAAAUAAUUUAAUAAAUAAAAACUAUAAUCAACAAUCAAUAAAUCAGCAACCAAUAAAUCAACAACCAAUAAAUCAGCAAUCACCACCAUCACAAAUUAAUAGUAAUAUUAUAAUUAAUCAUCAAAGAAAUAUUAGUAAUAAUGGUAGCUAUCAUAGUAGUAAUCAUAGUAAAAUUAUUCAUAACAAUACAAUUAAUAAUAAUGAUUCAUCUUUACAUUCAACUUUUUCAAAUUCAAAUUCCAGUUCAAUUGAAGAGAAUCUAAACUCAGUGAUGAUGGAUGAUGAUGAUAAUUUAAUAAAUGAUAACAAUACUGCUGCUAGAAAUUAUUUAUUAUCACAAAUUACACCAAUACCAAAAUUCAAUAUUCCCGAAAUUAUAAUUAACGAUGUAAAUACACCACCAAAUUUUGCAAAAAAAUUUUUAAAUAUAGAAGAACAAGAUAAUCAAGAAAUUAAUAAUAGAAAUAAUAAUAAUAACACUUUAAAUAAUAGUAAUAAUAAUUUAAAUAAUAGUGAAGAUACAGAUAUUGAAGAAGAAAUUGAACUUUAUAAUAAUAGAAACAAUAAUAACAAUAAUAAAAAAAGAAUAAAUUCAAUAUCAUCAUCAACCUCAACAAUUCAAAAUGAAGAAAUAAUUAAUGAAAUUUCAGAUAUUUCAAAUAUAGUUUUUACAGAUGAAACUUCAUCAUCAUCAUCGGAAGAAGAAUUAGAAAUUGAAUACGAUAAACCACCAAUGUUAGUAUUCGAUUAUGAAGAUAAUAAUAAUAAUAAUAAUAAAAUGCAAUCACAAAAAUUACAAUUUAAAGAUAAUAUUAAUCAGCCAUCAAUUUCAAUAUCAAUCGAUCAAUCUAAAAGAAAGAGUUUUUGGAAUACUUUAAAAUUUAGAAAAAGAAAAUCAAAUUCUUUAAGUUAAUUUUUAAUUUUAGAAAAAAAAUAAAACUUUAUUUGUAAACAAUUUAUUUAUU